UUUUGUGAUCACUGCCUUAUAACGCAAUACUUCAGAUCAAUCGCGACACAAUUGCAAUACAUGGCAGAGUUACGUAGAAGAAGGACAAACAUGAGCGAAAUAACCACGACCAAGCUGAUGAAUGAGGAUAGGAAUGACAAGGAUGGUGAAAGAUCUGAAAACAGCUGUGAUUCCUCUGAAAACAUUAGCUCGCAAGGCGAUGGUCAAGAAAUGCCAUUAGAACAACAACAAGAAGAGGAAAAACCAUUAGAAUAUGUGACCAGUGUCGACGUAACAGUCGAAAGUAGGGGUUGUGAGGACGACAGUUCGAGUAACACAGGUUCUGAAGGCGAGAAAGAUUCAGAGGGGGUAGCAAACGAAGAUACCACUAGUGCAAGUGGUAAAGAAAGCGAAAAUGACCAGGACCAUGCUGGCGAAAAUAGCGACGAAGAGGUAGACGGAGAAAGUGUAACAUGCGCUUUGCUUGGUCUCGAGCAAGCCAAGGUAAACUUAAUACGCUAAUAUCAUAUUUCUACAUUAGUAUCCGGUCCAUUUUUAUUUCCCUACUUCGUUUGGGAAUGUAGGAGUAUAUAAACUAAAACGAGUAGAUAAGUACAAGUAUGUAAGGAAAGCGUGUAUUUGGCGUGGUCACACGUGGAUUGUACAAUUGAUGUGAGCCACCUUGUUGUCAAUUUCAUAAUUAUAGGAUCACGGCAUGGAAGUAUUUUAUUUUUGAAAGGUGUUUUGGCAAGAAAGGCCCAGCGAAUUUGUGGUUCCGUUUCUUAUUUUUCUGCUGGUUACGUAAGAACUCUGUGAACUCACGAGACCAUACACGCCACACGAGCAGAAACAUUUGACCAAGCGUGAAGUCAAGAUGGCUGGGGAUUGGUCAGGUGCUUUAAAAAUGAGCGAGGCCAACAUCCAGCCAUCUUAACAGAGACCAGCUUAGAAGAAAUAGAGGAUACUGAAAAAAAUUGUGCGGCCAAGAGAACGUUUUUCUUCAGGGACAAAUGUGGGAAAUCCUUGCCCACUCACAUAGCCAAACAGAACAAAAGAUUUGCUUCAUCUUGCCUGCAGGUGUAGGCAGGCAUAUUAUAAUUAGGUUUCUUUCUUUUUCAAAUUAAAUUUGCCCCAACAAAUUAAUUAUCUCUGACCGAUCUGACUCGCUUCAGAUCCUCUUCACUUGACCCCAAAUUUAUUACAAGUGGUCAGAGUGGUUGAGAAUGAGUAAGCACCAGUAUGUGACCGACCUGAACUCAAUCAAUCAAUCAAUCAAUAAACUUUAUUUACCCUCGAAUUUACAGUGUAGCACUCAAGUGCUAAUAUCUUCGAGCCAACUACAUUAAUAAAUAAUUAUAAUAAAAAGUUAAUUCUAUAUAGCAAAAAAGAUAACUAACUACCUAGACAACUAACUUGCAAAUUAUCAUGAUGUAGAAAGGUUUGCAGUUCCUGCCCUUUUAAGUAAAUUAUUGUUCCCAGUAGAUAUCAGUCGUCGAAAAGAAGUAAAAUCAGAAAUAGUGCGGUAAUGGUCAGGGAGAGAAUUCCAAGAUGUUGCUGCCAAGUAACUAAAGGAAUUGAUACCAUAAGAAGUGGUCGAUGGUUUGGGCAAACAGAGCAUAUUAUGUCCUCUUAAAAAAUAGGUGCUAGAGCGUAAACGAAACAUAUCUUUUAAAUAUCUUGGAUAAUCAGAAAAAUGAAGACAUUUAAAAAUAGUGAGAAUCAUGUUUUGUAAACGCUUGUCCUUAAGGUUUGCAGUUCCUGCCUUUUUAAGUAAAUUAUUGUACUCAGAGUUAAAAUCCUUGAAAAUAAAUCGAAGAAUACGUUUGUUUAAAAGGUCCAGUUUAUCAGAAUCUUGUUUACUAGAGAAAUGCCACACCAUAGAACAAUAAUAAAAGUGAGGAAGUAUAAAUGCCUUAUAAAGACGGAGCAACUCCUGAAGUCAUACGUCUGAGUUUGCAUUAGUCCCGGUGUUUAUUAAAAUUCCCAGAAAUGUAUUUGAGCCCUGGUUAAAUUGGAGGUUUUUGCCUGGUUUUAAUUAAAAUUUCAAAAGUUAAUGUUUAUGAGCAGAUUCUGUCAACCUACAAUGUAAAAGAAAGAUAAAACUAAUAUUGAAUUGCCUAUAUAUACCAUGCAUGUUUUAUUGUGGUCUUUCAAUGGCACUGGUACCCAGUUAUGUCAAUGACACAGUGAACCACUUUUAGUGAUAAGAAUUUACUGCCUCUUGUAGUAUUGAAAGUUAAUCGCUUUGUUUUUAUUCAUGGACGUUUGGAAGAGGAUUAAAGUCUCUGCCAGGUUAUCUAUCUGAAGUGUUUUAUUCAUUUUAUUUAUUUAUUUUUCAAUCUAAAAGGGAAUCUAUUUUUGCCAUUUGAAUGAUUAUUAAAAAGGAGUAUGUGAAAAGUAGAUUCAGUUUGUUUUGCUUGAGUUUAGCAUUUUUAAGUUAAUAAUUAAGUCUGUUGACAUGUCAAAUUGCCUACCACUUAACAGGAAUGCAGAUGACUAGCAUCUACACAACAUGUUUUAGGUGUAACAUGCAAAUGCUGUUAGUUCUUGCCACCUGUUGUUUCUUAGCAACAGUGACAUGGUUUAUACACUGUAGGAAUUAAUAUCAGCCGCUUUGUUUGACCAAUUCACUCUGUAAACUACUUUACUCCUGUGGAAACAUUUCACGGCUAGCUCUCAGACUAUGGAGAAAAGUCAUUUUCUUGGUUUGUUUUAUUGUUUUAUUUGCUAGUAUUAAGAAGCAAUUUUAGGGAGCCUCAAUGUUUUUUUUGCAGGUGAACCAUUCUUUACUCUGCUCUCAUUGUGGAUAGGUCCACUUUGAAAUGUUCUGCAGUAAUAUUGGUGUAGGACAUUUAAUGGAGCCAAAACCAAUUAUGGAGUUGCAUGCAUUUAAGUUAUUUUACUGAUGAAUGGUUUCGACAGUUAGAUAUUUGCAGCAACACUUUAUUAUAGUUUUUCCCCUUUGAAUUAUGGUUUGGGGCUUGAAUUAUCAUUGCAGGAUGACACAGAAAAAAAAGUAUAUUUGUAAAAUAUACUUAAUUUAAGCCUGCGGGAGUAAUGACAGAAAACUCAGAAUUAAAAUACUGUAGUGAAAAACAGGUGCUGCAUAAAGUUAUGUAGGCAAUACAUGAUAGGGUUUCAGGGCUGGUGCAAGGGUUUCAAGUUGUGUUCAUACAAAAUUUAGUAGGUGGGGAACGAAACAGCUAAAAAUUUGUUUUGGUUUCGUUUUUCUUUUGCUUCCUACAUAAUGUAUGAAAGUAGGUGGGAGGGGAUGUGGGGGGGAGAUACCUAUAUUUAAAGUCUCUUUCCCCCUUACUUUGUUCAAAUCAGUAUUUAGAUUAAAAGUCUUAACAUCGGCUGUCUCUAUCAGCAGCUACCUUCAUCAAUGUACUCCCUAAUCUAUUCAUUUUCAUUUUCCAGCCCAUCUUAUAAGUUAGUCUUUAAAGGUGCUAAGUUUUCCUCGCAUAAUGAUGACAAUGAUUAUUAGUGUUAUUAAAAAUGCAUGUCUUUUUUUCUAGGUCUUUAUAGUCAAAGGAGAGGAAAACUUGCAUGUUAUGUUCCAAGCUGUUAAGGGUAAUGUGCAGGAUACAGCUGUUAAAAUCAAGGGAAACAUGCAUGACGCUGCAGAGAAAAUGCAAGAUAACAUACACGAAGCUACUGAGAAAAUGCAGGUGAUGCUUAAAUCAACCAAAGAAAACAUGACUGAUGCUGCUGAACGAGUUCAGGUCAUACUAAAAACAGCUAAAGACAAUGUGCAAGAAAGCAUGCAUGAUGCUGCUGACAAAGCUGAGAGGAUCUCAAAGAAAGCAAUCGAAUUAGCACGCUCUGGAUGGUAUCUCCUCUCGCAUUUCGAGCUUCCAGAAUGGCUUCGUGACAAUGACUUUUUAUCACACCAUCACCGACCCCCCAUGCCUUCAUUUAGGUCUUGUUUUAAGAGCAUUUUUAAAAUUCACUCUGAAACUGGAAAUAUCUGGACCCAUUUGAUUGGAUUUGUGGCCUUUAUAUGCGUCAUGUUGUACAUGUUUUUGCGACCAAUCACCAACACCAAUCCAUUUCCAAAAGACUGGCAGGAGAAGCUGGUAUUUGGUGCCUUUUUUGCUGGUGCAAUAUUGUGUUUGGGGUUCUCGUGGCUUUUCCAUACUGUUUACUGCCACUCUGUUACUGUGUCCAAAGUUUUUAGCAGGUGAGGUUUUUUCCACGUAUCUGACUUUCCUUCACAUGUAAAUCAACUUGCAUAUUCUCUGCACAAUUCUCUUAUCUUAUUCAUAUACUGUAUAUAUAUACCUGUGUGGUACUGUAGACCUGGAACAUUUUUUUCUAGGUAGCAAAAUCCAUUUUUCUAAUGAUGUUUAUAUCUGAUCAGGCAGAGCCAUUCCAAGGCCUGGCUUCACAUUGGUUAAACCCAAUGCUAAUAGCACAAGAGCAAUAGGUAUUGCUUAUUUAUGGGCAUUACGUUUGUUACAUGUGAAGUUCAAAGACAGUUUGACUAGGGCAAAAGGAGUAACAAAUUGUUUAUCCUGUUUUUUUCUCUUAUAAGAGGUUAAUUAAAGGGUUAACUUAUUAAUUUGUAAAAAAAAUAGGUUUUUCUUUUUGUAUAAAUUAGAGCAUUAAUUUGUGUACAAUAAUAUGUAUACUUCUGCUCUAGCAGGGGAUAUUCUGUAGAAUGCAGAACACUGAAUGAUUCUGGAGUCUUGGUGUCAGGGUUGGGGAAUUAAGUGAAUCAACUUUCCAGUUAGGGACAUUAUACAGGGCAAAUGGAACAGAAACUUCAUUUACACAAUAAAUUAUCUAACCCUUAUCUGGAUAACACCGUCCACUGAAUAAAUCUCUAUCCACUGGAUAGCGCAAUAUUUAUUGGUUUCCUGAAUACUUAUUCACUGAAGAGUGAUUAUGCAGUAGAUAGCACUAUCCAGGUUUUUAACAACUGGGGCCCAGGGUCAUUGGCUUUUAGUGUUAUCCAAAAUACCCCUGCUGCUUUCACUAUACUCGAGCUUUCAUGUACGGUGUAUCAACAAUAAUUUCUGUAGCUAACACUAAUGUUAUUGAUUUUUUCUUGACAGACUUGAUUACUCAGGAAUUGCUAUGCUGAUCAUGGGUUCGUUUGUUCCUCCUCUUUACUAUGGAUUCUAUUGUUCAAGAGUUCUAAAAAUUGUUUACAUGUCAGUGAUCUGUUCCCUUGGUAUCAUGUGCAUUAUUGUUUCAUUGUGGAGCAAGUUUAACACUCCCAAGUACCGAGUACUCAGAGCAGGUAUGAUCAGGUCAUUUUUUUUAUAUAGAAAACCAUAAAAGAGCAAGAACUGUUAUCCCCUUGGAUUAAAGACUCCCAAUUCAAAAGGGAUAAAAAAUCAAAAUAUGCAAUAGUACUAACACUGAGUGCCACCUUCACUUAUACUGAUCAAAGAUAUCAUAGGUUAUAGAGUGUUCUUUCAGGACUGGGAAUUGGAAAGUUCUCCAGAGACUUCAAAAGAAAGUAAAACUCAAAAUUGCUAAUUAUAAUCUAUUGUCCUUUCACUUAAUAUUGUAUUUUCUUGUCAAUGCCAUAAAGCUUUAUGAAAUCCCCCUUCUAUGAAAGCCCUUUACUUUUAAAAAGCUGAAAUGUUGAAAAAGUGCGCUGGAGGCACAACACAACUGUAGGCAAGAACUUUUUACAUCGCACCUUACUCAAAAUUCAACAAUUUAUUCAUACAUGUCUUUUUCCAUCAGGUUUGUUCCUUACAUUUGGAUGUUCAGGAAUUGUUCCGGCUAUUCAUUUCAUGGCCGCAUAUGGUGUGACCCUUGCUCAUCGCCAGGCUUCUGUUGGCUGGAUGGCUCUUAUGGGAGUCUUGUACAUAGCUGGUGCUAUCAUGUACGCUACCAGGGUUCCAGAAAGAUGGUUUCCUGGCAAAUGUGAUAUCUGGGUAAGCAGCCAGUUUAGCUUCUUAUCUUUC